UCAGCGGCAGCCUGGCAGGGGCUUUCCACAUCCGCUGGCAGUUGCUGGCAAGUUCGUGGCAUUCCGCACUGUACUUGUAUGCUGCUGCCACGGGCCAGUCAAGGGGCGCGAAGUACGAGGCACCAGGUACUAGGGUCCAGAACGAGCACCUGCCGGGAGGCGCUGCAGAUGCAGAUGGACGUCCACGAGAACCUGCACGAGCAACUCGAGCUCGAAGGACAACAACUGCGAAGGCACGGGCUACCACUUCGACUUCACGUCCGGUGCCAGCGCCAGGGCAACUUCCAGUUGGUCACCGAGUCGGAGGCGAACCCCUACUGGUUGAGCGUCAUGGUACGGAACAUUGCCGGGGACGGACAUUGCAGACUACCGGUCCGGAUCGUCCGACUGGAAUGCAAUGAACAGGGCGGAAGAUGGGGGCUUCGGCGCCGACUGGUUUAUUUCUGCCCGCCCUCGGGCGCGAUCACUGUCAGAAUCAAGACCGACCGGAGCCAGACCGCCGAGCUGACCGACUGCAUACCCAGCGGCUGGUUGCCUAGACAGAGCUACGACUGCGGGACAAACAUUCAAUCAGGGGAAUCCCCCUCCAGCACUUACAACCAAUUCCGCCCCUGCGGACAACCCAGCCCGUCCGACACCCAGAGUUUCCAGCCUGCGGACACGCCACAGGACACUUCCCCUCCGGACACCCCGGCCCCUGCCAUGACGUCAGACCCGGCUACCCCCGCUCCGGUGAUCACGUCACCUCCGGACACCGCCCCUCCGGACACACCAGCCGCUGCGACGUCGUCACCUCCGGACUCCGGACACUCCGGGCACCGUCCGAAACGUCUGCCCCGACCUCACCUCCGGGCACGCCAGCACCGUCCGUGCCGGACACGCCUGCCCCGAUGGAGGCCGUGACGUCAGCUCCGGACACCCCCGCGCCGACGGACACUUCCGUGCCGACGGACACUCUUCCGCCGGACAUUCCCUCGCCCACGGAUGGCCCCACGCCCACGCCAACGGAUACGAACCUGCCGGACACUCCCACGCCGUCCGAAACACCCGUUCCAGACACCCCAGCGCCUACGGACGCCCGCCCC